AUGGAAUGUUUGAAAAAUGGAACAUGUAAACCAAUUGAGUCUUCUCAAUGGGAUAUUUUAUCGGAUGAUUUGAUUCUUGGAACAUCUUUAUCAGUUUUCAUAACUACUGUGGAGGGGUUUCUCUCAAUUGUUGUUAUAUGUUCAAUUCCAACAAUUCGAAAAGACAGCGCUUUUUUAUAUUUGUGCAUUUUUAUGGCACCAUUUAUAGUGUCAACUUGCACCAAAGCUUGUUUUCUUAUUAUUGACUUGCUGAAAAUUGAUAUUUCUGACUAUUAGUGAGUAAUUUUUUCCGGCUACGACUUGAAAAUCAUAAAGUUAAACUAUUUUUAGCAUCGAAAUCAGCACAAUAACCAGUCAUUGUUAUGAAUAUUUCGUCACAUUCUCUGAAUUUGGUGUAAUCAUCCAUUCAUUAAUUUGCUUGAAAAUUCAUUUGAGCAAAAAAUUGACUUGGAAAACAACAAAAAGGCUUCCCUAUCUAGUUAUUUUUUGUGCAUAUAUUCCAAUUCAUGAGUUCUAUAACUCACACAAAUUGUUGGAUGUUUUAUAUUGGCUGAAAAUUGUUGGGUUGAUUUCAGCUGCAGGAUUGGUCAGUUCGGAAAAAAAACUUCUCAAAUAUAAAAAAACAAUUUAUUUUUGUAGAGUUUUUUGGUAUUUCUGUUUCCAAGUCGAAAGAACACUGAAAUAAGUAAUCGAGAGAUCAGAUAUUCAAGAAAUCGAAUAUUUUGGAAUAUUUUUUGUGUACUUGCAUCAACUCAAGAAUUCCUGAAACUAUAUAUUCUGCAUGAAUACAAGAUCAAAAAUCUCUAUAGUUUGACAUAUGUUUUUGAGAGUUUGGGUGGUGUUAUUUAUGUUCUGUUGAUUUUUAUACUACUGCCAAUUAUGAGGUUUGUAACAAAUAUUCCAGAUGUUUUCCAAAUAAUUUUUUUUUUCAGAAACACAAUUUUUCAUUGUUGUUAUCCAUCCGAAAUCACAGAACAGGAUCGAAUAUUUCUUUUGAACCGGUCAAUGUCAGAUCGUGGAAGUGUUAGUACUGUAUCAUCAUCAUCAGUAGCUCCGACAAGAGUAUUUGUGACUUCAACAUUGCCAGUUAUACAGUAG